AUGAACAGAGCCGGGGAGCGCGACCGCUACGAUGUGUUUGACGGGUUGGCAUACAAUUCAUCAUCUCAAGGGCGAAAGAAUUAUGUCCAUAUCUACGACGACGAAGACCCUAGGUACGGCUACGGAGAUCGUAAGGAAGACCCAUGUGCCAGGCCUGGCUCUUACUAUGAGCACGAGCAGAAUGUCGAUGGGCAAUCAUAUCGAUCCAGGACUGCCUACUCCUCGCAAAGUGCACCAACAAGGCAAGCAACCGAAGCAGACUCUGUCGGCGCCGAAAUUCCUUCCGGGUAUUCCAUCAAGCACUGGGAUCAAACAGAGGAGCCUGUUAUCCUAUUGGGAAGUGUCUUCGAUGCCAACUCGUUGGGCAAGUGGGUCUAUGACUGGGCGGCCUUCCACCAUGGCGCCUCUACUCCAAUGGCUGAUAUGGCGGGGGAUUUGUGGCUGCUUUUGAUCAAACUUGCGGGCAAGAUGAAGCUAGCCCAGGAGUGCGUCGAUCGCAUCCGUAACCUCGACAAACGCGAAACCGUCGAGGACUUCAUUCUCAGUGGCCACAGGAUGUGGAAUAAGUUCAAAAAUCUCAUCAAAGACUGCAAAUACCCCAUGCUAAGAGUUAUCAAGCGUAACGGCGCAGGGAAGAUGGGUAAGGAAGGAGCAAUUGCGUUUCUUGACACAAUCUUCGGCCGGGACCGCCAUCUGGAGACAACCGAGCAUAUAAUGAACCGGAUCAGACACUGGACCACGGAUUUCGACCUGAAUUGCGAGGAGACGAUCAAGGCAGUCGCCAAGUGUCGAAAAAUGUGCUAA